UUUCCGCUCCCGUUCCCCCUCCCUUGGCUGUGGCCGGUGCGAAGGCCGAGGCCAGGCCCCGGGUCUGCAGGGCGGUGGUAGCUCCCACUCCCCUCCCCCGGCUGAUGCUGCGGCUGGCGGCGGGGGCUCCGGCUCCUCCCUGUGAGAAUACCCCCGAGGUGGGGGGGGAGGAGGAGGAAAGGCCGGCCGCCGAUGUGAGCGAGCGCGGGGGACAGGCGAGGAAGCGGCAGCGGAGAGCCGAGGCCGAGGCCGGGAGCCGCUCCUCCUCCCCCCCUCAGCUUCUCGGCGCCAAGCGGCGGUACCGGGGCUGCGCCACCCAGGCGGACGGAGACACAGAAGCCGAGGCCCCGGCCCCCGGCCCCGGCAUGGCGGAGCAGCGGCCGCACUCGCGCAAAGCCAACUUGUCGGCGGCGCUGCUCGGACACCCCAAUGGGGUGAGCAGGGCGGUGACACCCGGGGGCAAGCCGGCAGCCUCCAGGAAACUGCUCAUCAAGAACUUCAGAGAUAAACCAAAAUUGCCAGAUAACUACACUCAGGACACAUGGCAGAAACUUCAUGAAGCUGUGGAUGCCAUUCAAAAUAGCACAUCAAUAAAAUAUAAUUUGGAAGAACUUUAUCAGGCUGUUGAGAAUCUGUGUUCCUAUAAAGUGUCAGCAACACUGUACAAACAACUGAGACAGGUAUGUGAAGACCAUGUCAAGGCACAGAUUUUGCUGUUCCGGGAGGGUUCACUGGAUAGCAGUCUGUUUCUGAAGAAGAUUAACACAUGUUGGCAGGACCACUGUCGGCAAAUGAUAAUGAUCAGGAGUAUCUUCCUGUUUCUUGACCGAACCUAUGUUCUGCAGAGUUCAAUGUUGCCAUCUAUCUGGGACAUAGGUUUAGAGCUUUUCCGAACCCAUGUGAUCAAUGACAGAAUUGUCCAGACCAAAACCAUCGAUGGGAUCCUUUUGCUGAUCCAAAAAGAGCGAAACGGGGAGGCUGUGGACCGAAGUUUGAUCCGAAGUUUGCUGAGUAUGCUGUCAGACUUGCAGGUCUACCGGGAAUCAUUUGAACAGAGGUUUUUGGAGGAGACCAAUUGUUUAUAUGCAGCAGAAGGCCAAAGACUAAUGCAAGAGAGUGAGGUGCCAGAAUACCUUCACCAUGUAAACAAACGCCUGGAAGAAGAAACAGACAGAGUGAUUACUUACUUGGAUCAAAGCACACAGAAAUGGUUGGUUGCCAGUGUUGAGAAGCAACUGCUUGGUGAACAUCUGACAGCUAUUCUUCAGAAAGGCCUCAAUCAACUACUCGAUGAAAACAGAAUAGUGGACCUCGCUCUUCUUUACCAACUGCUCAGCAGAGUUAAAGGUGGUCUGCAGGCUCUCCUGCAACAUUGGAAUGAAUAUAUCAAGACCUUUGGCAGUAUGAUUGUGGUUAAUCCAGAGAAGGACAAGACAAUGGUUGAGGAGCUGCUAGACUUCAAAGAUAAAAUCGACCGUGUCAUUGAAGUGUGCUUUCUUAAAAAUGAAAAAUUUGUCAAUACAAUGAAGGAAGCUUUUGAGACUUUUAUAAAUAAGAGACCCAACAAGCCUGCUGAGCUCAUAGCCAAGUAUGUGGAUUCAAAAUUGCGAGCUGGAAACAAAGAGGCCACAGAUGAGGAACUGGAAAGAAUGCUGGAUAAAAUCAUGAUCAUAUUUAGAUUUAUUCAUGGUAAGGACGUAUUUGAGGCCUUCUAUAAGAAAGACUUAGCAAAGCGUCUCCUGGUAGGGAAAAGUGCUUCUGUUGAUGCUGAGAAGUCGAUGCUGUCCAAACUGAAGCAUGAAUGUGGUGCUGCCUUCACCAGCAAAUUGGAGGGAAUGUUUAAGGACAUGGAGCUCUCAAAAGAUAUUAUGGUCCAAUUUAAGCAGUACAUCCAAAGCCAGAGUGAUCCAAGCAAGAUAGAUCUGACAGUCAACAUUCUGACAAUGGGAUACUGGCCAACGUACACACCCAUGGAAAUACAUUUGCCUGCUGGGAUGAUAAAAUUGCAGGAGGUAUUUAAAACAUUUUACCUCGGAAAGCACAGUGGCAGAAAACUCCAAUGGCAGCCAACAUUGGGGCACUCUGUUUUGAAAGCGGAAUUCAAAGAGGGUAAAAAGGAGCUGCAGGUUUCACUGUUCCAGACUUUGGUGCUGCUUAUGUUUAACGAGGGAAAUGAAUUCUCUGUGGAGGAAAUCAAGACUGCAACCGGCAUAGAGGAUAGUGAAUUGAGAAGGACAUUGCAGUCUUUAGCCUGUGGGAAAGCUCGUGUGUUGAACAAAGUUCCAAAAGGAAAGGACAUUGAAGAUGGAGACAAGAUCAUCUUCAAUGACGACUUCAAGCACAAACUAUUCAGAAUAAAGAUUAACCAAAUCCAGAUGAAAGAAACUGUUGAGGAGCAGACGAGUACGACUGAACGGGUAUUCCAGGACAGACAGUACCAAAUAGAUGCUGCUAUCGUUCGAAUCAUGAAAAUGAGGAAGACACUCAGCCAUAACCACCUCGUUGCGGAACUCUAUAACCAAUUAAAAUUUCCAGUGAAGCCAGGAGACCUGAAGAAAAGAAUUGAAUCUCUAAUUGACAGGGACUAUAUGGAGAGAGACAAAGACAAUGCCAACCAGUACCACUAUGUGGCAUAAAGUAUAGGCCGUGGCUGUCAUCGCUGAAUCUCAGCUCCUACGUUGCCAAGAAAAUGGCAAUAGCACUGAUUCUGUCUGCACUCUUCUUGGAUUCAGUUUGGUUGUUGACACGAGAUUCAACCCCCCUCACAUCAAGAUUAAAACAAGUGUUCUUUUUGGGAGUUUCGACUGUUGGCCGAUCAUUUCAUACAGCUUUUGCACAAGGCUUUGCUUUCCUGAGGACCACCUUUCUGAAGACCGUGGAAGUCGUGUGGAUCUAAAAACACUUGAAGCAGCGGUCCAUCUUGUGCCUCUGUCAAGUGGCUGAGGACUGAUGAUUUCCUGUCUGCAUUCAUCUGGGUUCACAUGCUGUUGACCCCUGUACUUGGCCUUUAGUUUUGAUUUAUUGUAAAGCCUGCCUACACUUGUUAUUUCUUGCCAGUAUAUAACUUAUGGCCAUAUUUCAGCAAGGGAGCCCCAUUAAUCUAUAGAAAACAAUGUGAGAUUCCCUUUAGCGCGAACUGCUCUGUAUUUGCACACUAGCUUUUGUAACUACUUGUGUUAGUAGAACCACCACACCAACUACUGAAGUAACUAACCUGGAACAAUAAUGGGAUCAAACAUACACCUGCUAACCCAAUAUCACACUGCAGGGUAACAAUUAGGUGGAAUUUUGUACAUCAGUUUUGUUUUAUGUAAAUUAAAACAUGUUUCUUGAAAAUAGAGACAGCUUACUUGAAGUGCCAAAGACUCUAAUUUCAAACAUUUAUUCCAUUGAAUAACCUUUCUAUAAAGUUGUUUUCACACUGAGAAAAAUUAAUGCUCUUACAUCAAUCCUGCUCGUAACAUUUUCUUCAGGUAGAUGAAUUAAAGCUUCCUUUCACCCACUGCCAUCAGUCCACAGAUAACACAGUUGUACAAUUGUUUCUACUUUUGGAUGACUCAUUGAUUCACACAGCGAUAUCACAGGAAAUCUUGAAAUUUUGACUUUGCAGGAAUGUAAAUACAAGAAAAACCAAAUGCUUUGUGCAAUAUAUAUAAGUGCUCCUACGUAUUCACUGUCAGUCAGUCAGAUCACAAACUAGUUUGAUGGUUGAGAUGAUCAGCUGAAACAGCUUUGUGACAACUUGUUCGAUAUUGUAAAUAGGUUUUUCCUCAAUUCAAAGUGCUUAAAAAAAUUAUUAGGUUCUUUGUCUUGCAAUAACUGAACAUAAAAUGAUUUUCUGCCAUGGGUUGUGUUUUUAUUGGUAAAACAUUUAUACAACUUAAGAGCUAAUAAAUUUUUCACAGUUUGUAACCUUAAAUGUUUCUAGUGACAAUCUUAAAACAGUCAUCUGUGAUUUUUUUUGGUACCUUUUUAAUAAUCUCAAUAACCAUUUAUGCUCAUUUGUAUUUCAUCCACUGUCCUUGUGUUGGUUUUACUGGGACGUGCAUGAUGCAGCGUGCUGCUGAUGAAGCAGUGAAGGUGACAAGUAGGAGAUGGCUAGAGGGCCAGUAUCUUGAGUCAGCAGGAUCAAUGCAAGUCAAUCUCCUAUUGAGGAAAUUGUUGGCAGUUUGUUGUUUUUUUGGCCCCCAUUUCCUCCUUCCCCCCCCCCCCCCGAGAAUGUUGACUUUAGAGCAGCUCACAGGAUGGAUAUCAGAGAAAGGUGAGGAAAUGGUCAGAUACAGAAUAAUGGAGUUAAUACAUGGCAGCACCCAAGCAGUAAGGAUGGCAGUUAGCAACAGAGGGAGGGACUAAGUCUAGACAAUAGUGGAGGUGGCUGGGGUGAUGUCUGGUUAGAGAGGAACUCCAUGACCUUCUCAACAAUUGCUGAUGCUGUCAUGCUUGUAACUGCUGGAUGUAAGGAAAACCAAGAAUGUCCGUAUAAGAUCUGGUGUGUUUUAACAUCUCGGGAGAAUUGCAAACUUUGAACAAGAAAGACUUGAGUGUGAUACUGGUGGCAGAUAGUUACAUAAACACAGCUGUAAGUACAUUUGCCUGUAUUGUGCAUCGCUUUCUGUGAAAAUGAAUGCAGGUAGCUACGGCAAUGUCACAGGUUAUUCACUUGAGUUUUGUUGAACACUGCCUUAGAGAGAAAGCACUGAACAUUUGGUGAAAUGAACAUGUUCAAGACUUUAUGAAACUGCAUGUGAUUUAUUGUGCUGAGAUGCUCUGUGCUGAAGGUGAUACUCAUUGAGACCUGGCAUUGUAGGUGGAAACCAGCAUAAGUGGGUCCUCUCAGUAAUUGGUGAUUGUAUGUUGUCUCAUUAUUCUGGGUGAUGUGCAUAUAGUCUAAGCAACUUCUGCAUGCAGUACACGCCAGCCCAAUCCUGCCUAUAGUGAGUGUUAUGGAUUUUUUUUUAUUAGGGAGAGAGGUUUAGGGAUCAGAACAAUAUCCAUUCGUCCUCCUUUAAACAUUUGAAGAAAAUUGAAUUGAUGUUUUGAUAUCUUUGAAAUGAUUUAUUUGAUCUAUGAACGUGCUACAUAAUCCAGUACAAAUCUAAAGUGAAAAAUAAAGCAACACUUUGGCAUUUUGA